GAGAGAGAGAGGAAGUGUGACUCGUCCACAGAUUAAAACAGAUGAAACUCUGAGCACUGAGUCACUCUGCAGCUUCACCACAGCUGUUCAUCAGAUCACAGCUGUAUGGGAACCUGACUGAACAUCACUCUGUUUAUAUGGGAUGGCUCACCUCAACUCCACCCCAACCAACCAAUCAAACUUCAGCAGCACCUUCACCGAACAGGUGCUCCCGUCGCUCUACUUCGUCACCUGCAUCGUGGGUUUGUGCCUGAAUGGCAUGGCAGCCUGGAUCUUCUUCAGAGUGCCCAGUGACUCGGGUAUGGUGGUCUACCUGAAGAACAUGGUGGUGGCUGACCUCCUCAUGGUGGUAACCUACCCCUUCAGGUUGGCGCUUCAGCUGGGUCUGGGCGGGUGGCGCCUCCAUGUGAUCGUCUGCCGCUACAUUGCCGUGCUCUUCUACUCCUCUAUGUAUGUGGGGAUCCUCUUCAUGGGCCUGAUCAGCCUGGAGCGCUAUGUCAAGAUCGUCCGACACACCUCCACCUCCUCCUGCAGGUCCUGGUUGGGUGGGUUGUCCAUGCUGCACCUUCUGCAGAGUGUCGGCUUCGCCCGGGUGCUGUCGCUCCUCACCUGGGGUCUGCUCCUCCUCUGCGUCCUGCCCAACGUGGUGCUGACCAGCCUGCCAGCCAAUGAUGGGAACGCUCGCCACUGCAUGCAGCUGAAGACACCCCUGGGCGUGCAGUGGCACCGGGUGUCCUCCCUCUUCAGCGUGUCCCUGUUCUGGGUGACCCUGCUGGUCCUGGUCUUCUGCUAUGCCUCCAUCGCCCGCCGGGUUUACCAGUCGUACCGCCGUGUGCACCGGGACAGCACCGAGGCCUGCCGCAAGUCCAACCGCAGCAUCUUCAGCAUCCUGGUGGUGUUCUUCGUCUGUUUUGUGCCGUACCACAUCUGCCGCGUGCCGUACACCCUGAGCCAGAUGCCGGAAUCGGGCUUCAGCCUGGACGUCCGGUUCCUCCUGUUCCAGAUGAAGGAGGUGACGCUCUUCCUGUCGGCGCUCAACGUCUGCCUCGACCCCAUCAUCUACAUCCUGACCUGUCGGAACUUCAGGGAGUCGCUGCUGAGUAAACUAUCGGGGAGGGAGAGGAGGAGGUCCCUGACCACCGCCCAGAGUCUAACCAUCAUUUAGGAGAGGAGGAGGCCAUGGAAAAGAAUAUUUUUUAAUGAUAAGUGGAAUUGAGAGUUGAGAUAGUUUCAUCAGUGGUUUCCUAACCUCAGCAGACCUGAACCACACUGUGUGAAUGUUGUGAGAAAAGUUAAUGAACAAUAACAAAAACCAACACCUCUUGUUGUUUUCAGGAAUUUAAUCAGUCAGUGAAGCUGAAGCUGUGAUUUUAAAAAGCAUUAGUUCAUCAAUAAUGCAACACUUUAUAUUUACAUGUGGUAAUGUGAUAGAAAUGUGUAUAAAUAGAGAAUUAUGUACAUAAAAUGCUAAUUAAUUAAAUAAGAGUACACUGUAUAUUCUAAAAUAAGAUGUAUAUAAGGCGUAGGAUUCACUUAGUUCCAGUUUUAUUUUAUUUAUUGUCGCGGAACCAGGAUAAAGAAAAAAGGAGGAUGGCAUGCUGUGAUCUUUGCUGAUAUGGAAGUGAAACUGGGCUCUGUUGACUGGGCAUCAAACCUGCAAGACUCUGCUGAUUUGGUUUUGAGGUCACAUGAGUCACUCUUAACCCAUAUAACCCUAACAUUUAUACGUUUAAACUGAGGGUGGUGUGGAGCCUGAAUCUUUACAGAUUGUGCAACUGUGUCGUCUGAAUUUUGUGGAUUGUAUUUAAUGAUAGAUGUUUCCAGUGUCAGAUUAAAGCCUGUAAAAAUGUCAAAUAAACCCAAACACACA